GUGAAUACACGAAGGGGCCGACCGCUGCUAGCUAGCUGAAAACAUAAACACUGAUAUUUCUGCCGCCCCAGGACAUCGGUUUCUUCUUUAUCUGUAACUGUUUGUCGGUGAUACUAUCAUUAUGCGGUAACUUACACGACUUACCUUCGAAAAUGGUUGUUUGGAUCUUGGAUUUAUUGACAAGGCCUUGAAGUUGUCCUGCUAACGAACGCCCAUGAUUCAGCUGGACAAACCGGUGCUGACUGGUACCAUGCCUGUGGUAUGGCCCACCAUCCUCGACCUCGGCAGGGAUGAGUGUAAAAGAAUUCUCCGUAAACUGGAGCUGGAGGCGUACGCCGGGGUGAUCAGUGCCCUGCGAGCCCAGGGAGAUUUGACAAAAGACAAGAAGGAUCUGUUGGGAGAACUCACUAAAAUCCUUGGUAUCUCAACAGAACGCCAUCGUGCAGAAGUCCGCAGGGCUGUCAAUGAUGAACGCCUCACUACCAUCGCGUAUCACAUGUCAGGUCCAAACAGCUCAUCCGAAUGGUCCAUCGAAGGACGCCGGCUUGUUCCUUUGAUGCCGAGGCUGGUCCCUCAGACUGCAUUCACUGUCACUGCUAACGCUGUAGCCAGCGCCACAGCCAAUCAAAAUGCAUCCAUGCUGCUGCCGGCUGAAACGGGAAACAAAGAAGUGGUUGUAUGUUACUCCUACACAAGCACUACCUGCACCUCCACCAGCGCUACGGCGACCAGUGGUGCCAUAGGAGCCACGGUGAAGUCUCCGCGACCCCCCAGUCCCUCAUCCAACGUGGUGGUUCUGCCCAGCGGGAGUACCGUCUAUGUCAAGAGUGUGAGCUGCUCCGAUGAGGAUGAGAAACCACGCAAGCGAAGGCGGACCAACUCGUCCAGCUCGUCGCCGGUGAUGUUGAAGGAGGUGGCGAAGGCUUCCCCGCCGGUUUCCAAGAACAUUGCAGUACCGGUGAGCGGGAGCCCCAAGAUGAGCAACAUCAUGCAGAGCAUCGCCAACUCUCUGCCGCCUCACCUGUCACCUGUAAAGAUCACCUUCACCAAGCCCACCAUCCAGACCACCAGCACCACCACACAGAAGGUGAUCAUCGUUACAACAUCGCCAAGCUCCAACUUUGUGCCCAACAUCUUGUCCAAGUCCCACGCCCACAACAACGCCACCAUGUCCAAGCUGGGCUCCACCUCCAUGCUGACCACACCUACUCAGAAGCAGACAGUGGUGUUCCCCGCCAGCUCCAGCACUUCCGCCAACACCAUCGCAGUCACUACCGUGGUCUCAUCCACGCCCUCCGUCGUCAUGUCAACUGUUGCACAGUGCGGUGCUUCAGCUGGAGUGAAAGUCGCCACAGCCCGGCUGCCUUCGCCCAAAACCCUGGUGGGCUCGCCGACUCAGAUCCUGGCCCAGUUCCCUAAACAGCAGUCACCUAAGCACCUGCAGCAGAGUUCAGCCAUAGGGGCUUCCAGCAUGACCCAGACCCAGGCCACCACCACCUCACCUGCCUCCAAACCCACCAUUCAGAUCAAACAGGAGUCAGGGGUGAAGAUAAUCACGCAGCAGGUUCAGCCCAGUAAAAUUCUCCCCAAACCUUCAUCGGUGGCUUUGGCUAGCAGCAGCUCGUCUCCCAUCAUGGUCGUUAGUAGUAACGGAGCCAUCAUGACCACCAAACUGGUCACACAGCCCACAGCUACACAGGCGACCUACACCAGACCCACUGUGAGUCCCAACAUUGGAGCCAGAAUUUCCGCUUCCAGUGGAGGGACCACCUACGUGAAGACCACCAGCGGUAGCAUCAUCACGGUUGUACCCAAGUCUCUAGCCACACUGGGCGGGAAGAUCAUCAGCAGCAACAUAGUGUCUGGCACGACAACUAAGAUCACCACCAUCCCCAUGACUUCUAAACCCAACGUCAUCGUGGUUCAGAAAACCACGGGUAAAGGAGCGACCAUCCAGGGUCUGCCUGGCAAGAAUGUGGUCACCACACUGUUGAACGCUGGGGGUGAGAAGAGCCUUCAGGCCGUUCAGGGGACCAAACCGGCCAUCAUCACUGCCUCUAGACCCAUCACCAAGAUGAUCGUCACACAGCCCAAAAGCUUGAGCUCCGGAUCCCAGUCCACCGCCACCAAGAUCAUCCCCACCAAGAUCGUCUAUGGCCAACAGGGCAAGACACAGGUCCUCAUCAAGCCGAAGCCGGUCUUCCAGACGGCGGUGGUGAGCGAACAGACACGGCAGCUGGUCACGGAGACGCUGCAGCAGGUGACCCGCUCGGCAGACCUGGGUCAGAGCCAGACCUCAGGCCAGGACGGGUCCACGAAGGACGAGGCCGGUGCCUUCACGGAGCCCGGAGGUCUGGUCACCGAGGCCUCGCACAGCGCCGCUCAAGCCCAUACUAGACUCCGUCCCACCUUGUCCCGUCCCUCCUCAGACCCUCAGCCUGUAGUACAUGUGGUGUCCUCCAGAGAGCAGGAUUGGACUGAGCAGGAAGUGUCCGUUGAGUCCAGUCCGACCAUCAUCUACCAGGAGGUGUCUGCAGCGGAAUCCCAGUCGGCCACUUCCACCAUCAAAGCGCUGCUGGAACUGCAGCAAACAGUAAAGGAGAAGGGGGAGGCCAAACCGAGGCAGCACACCAUCGACCUGAGCCAGAUGGCCGUUCCCAUUCAACUGGCCCAGGAGAAGAAGCCGAGCCCAGAGUCGCCCCGACCCUCCACCUCAGAGGCCGAGCCCAGCACUGAGCAUGUCACAGCAGGUAAAGCCAGCAGAGGGGGCGUGUCUGCAGAGGAUGACAAUGUGGUCAUGUCCUCCAGUCAGCAGCUGGGGAAGCCGUACAAAAUCACCAGCCAGGGAACCACGAUAACCAAACCGGCUGCGACGACCUCUGUGGCCACAGUUCCACACCUCAGCCUCACGUCUUCGGACGGUCCUGGUAAAAGUGAGACGGUGUUGGAGGUGGGAGAGCUGGAAGGUGACACUUUGGACCCCCAGACCGGGCUGUUCUACCGCUCCAGCCAACCGACCUCAGAGCCCACAAAGCAAAGCAGCCACACAGCUGGAAGUCAACCUCCGGUUCUGAGCCCGGUGGAGGCCGCCACCACACAGCCGCCACCGCCACAACUGCAGAGCAAACCUCAGAUUAGCCAGCCUUCCUCUUCCUCCUCGUUGUCCUCCUCCUCCUCCUCCUCUUCUGCUGCCUUCCCCUCCACACCUCCACUGACAAAGAAACUCCCCAAACUACGAGAGCAGGUCCCACCCAAACCUCCUCAGACCUUGACUCAGAGUCCAAAGGACAGACCUGUGGCUGUGCCUGCUCAGGCCAGCCCAAAAGUCACAGCUCCGGGAACGCCCACGAAACCCCUGGUGACGCCACAGCUCCCAAAACUCCAGCAGGCACCCACAUCCCACCACAGGCCGCUGCAUACGCCGAUGUCGCAUCCGCCUCCACUGCAAGCCCACCACCCGGUCAGCACGGAGAAGACGGCCUCCAGUCAGCAGCCAAUCAUCACUCAGAGCGCCACCGUCACCAAGAUCACCUUUGGCACUUCCCACCAUUCAUCGCCGGUCUUCAGCAGCGGCGAAGCCACCGCCAAGCUGAUCCCAGAGUCCAGCUCGGGGCCCUCGGGGGACAAGCAGUCGGUGUCGGACAUCCUGAAGAUCUCCAUGAUGGAGGCGGAGAUCGACCCCAGUACGGAGCCCAUGGUGGUGGACUCUUCCAGUGACUGUGGCCCUCUGGGGAAAGCCCUGGAGGUCCAGGCGGUCUCAGGCACACUGGACUCGGGCCAGUUCAUCAGCAGCUCUGGGAGCUCCAUGCAUCAUUCCCACACAAAGGGCCAGCAGUACAGCUGCAUGCAGGGCCUCGCAGCACAGAGGAGCAAAGAGGACCUGGACGUCAUCGAGGUCAUCCCUCAGUUCUCCAUCCUGCCAGACUCCAGUCAGUCCAACGUAGUGGUGGAGCCCAGCGGUUUCCUGGAGAUCACCAACUAUACCAGCCAGCAGUUGGAGGAGGACAGCCCCAUGGAGCAGGAGGUCGACAGCAGCAACGAUGAGGCGGCGGCGGCAAGUCCGCCCGACCAGCCGUAGCCCACUCCUCAGCUGAGAGCGUCGGGAUCACCACGAAGACACAGGGACAAAGACACCUGUUUGACUGAUAAUGGACAGAAUGACUGACUAGCAACGUGCAACAAUCUCUUUGUGUAAAAUAUAUAUAUAUAUUUUUUUUCUUUGUUUUUCCCACUCCAGAAAGAAAGACUCCUGGUUUUUAUCAGCAACAAGAACAGGUGGAUGUAAAGUUAGGGCAAUGCAGGAGGAUUUGUUUUAGUUCAGUUGGAAAAGAGCCUGUCAGAAUAUGUUGAACACCUCCAGCACAUUAACAUGGUAACUGUAACCUUCACAGGCCAGUCGGAUUUUCUGGUGUUGGAAACUCUGUUCAUUUUAAAACCAGACAGCAGCGACGCAUAUGUGUCUGAUGACAAACGGACGUCUUCUUUUGAAGGAUUCCUCAUCACCAGUACUUUGUUCUCUUUGUUUUGUAAUAAACUUUUAAAACUACUUAUAGGACUUUACAUUUUCAGAAGGGAGCAUGAAAACAGUGAAGCAGAACUGUAAAACCAGGUCUGGAUGAAGGACAGAGUCCGACACGUUGCUGUUUAUUGUAACUGAUGUAAAGUAAGAUGAUGAAAUUACCUUUUUUGUAAGAUAAAUUCUGCUGUUCAGAAAGUUGCUGUGAGUAUGCAUUUGCUUUGCAUAGUGUUUCAACUAUGCAUUUGUUUUAUACCUUUUCAAACUAGAAGACUAGUUGAGAAAAAUAUCAUUUAAUCCACACAAUAAACCAUCUGAGUAGAAACACA